AUGACAGAGGUUUUUCCGCAGCCGCAGCACGCGGAGGUUCCGACAGUGGCAGUAACAGCGGGGCCGGCGGUGGCGGCGGAGCUGCUGGACGUGCUAGACAACAAGGGACGCCCCACCGGGGAGGCGCUUCCGCGCGGCGAGGUGCACAGGCGCGGGCUGUGGCACCGCUCGGUGCAGACGUGGGUGUUCGCGCAGCGGGGCGCGCAGCUGCUGCUGCAGCGGCGCGCGGCGCACAAGGAGUCGUGCCCCGACAUGUGGGACGUGUCGAGUGCGGGCCACGUCACCACGGGCUGCUCCUCCCUCCACACCGCCCAGCUCGAGAUGGAGGAGGAGCUGGGCUUGUCGCUGCCGGCGUCCGCCUACCAGUGGCUCUUCCUAGAUAUCUUCCAGUCAGGGCAGGGAGGCACGUACAUCGACAACGAGUUCAGUGACGUCUACCUCGUCACUGUGCCAGAGCCCCUCCCUCCCUCCGCCUUCACACUGGAUGAGUCGGAGGUAGCAGAGGUGAAGUGGAUGCCGUGGCGGGACUAUGAGGCCAUCCUGCGCUCCCGGGACCCAAGGUACGUGCCCUUUGAUGUACAGACACCCAAUGGAUAUGGACAGCUCUUGUUCUCACACCUUGCAAAGAUAUCGGCACUAGGUGGUGGCUGA